AUGACCCCCAACGGCCCUGUAUCAUCGCCGGGACCGCCCAGGCAACAUGAUCGAGGCGUUGCCGUCGGCCUCAACGAAGCCGCGCUUGACUCGCCUACAUUCCGCGCAACGGCUGGUCAUUUUGCAGAUCAGACAGAAGCUCUCGAGAGAUGGCUGAAUGGCUACGUGAACUCGACUUUUAAACUCGCCAACGAAAUUUUGGGACUGGAGGAUACCAUCAAUGCCUACUUAACCAAGACUAUGCCAUCCGGUGCCGAUGGUAUCAUCGAGAAUGAUUACACCCUCCUCGCCUUGAAAAGAGCUGGUGACGGCCAACGCGAAUGUUGGAUGCAGAUCUUGACUAGCAUAAAGAAGAUGGACAUGGGUGUCAUCGACCCCAUAAGGAGCUUCCUGAAUGGUGAGAUGCGCACCUUCAAAGAGAACCGGAGGGUGUUGGAACAAACCCAACGAGCAUACGAUACGACUCUCUCACGAUAUGUCGGACAAUCCAAAACGAAGGAACCGUCUGCUCUUCGCGAAGACGCUUUUUCUGUUUACGAGAACCGCAAAGCUUACCUACAAGCAUCGUUGGAGUACUGCCAGUUCGCGCCACAACUAAGGCUUGCUGCAGACAAGUUGCUUGUCAAAGUCUGUAACGAGAUUUGGAAAGACCUUCAACGUUCGAGAGACGCCAUGACGAAUGCGACGCGAUGGACCCGAGAAAUGGACCACAUUCUGGGAUGGGCCAAGGUAAUGGAAUCUUCCGAGGGUGUCUUCAGGAUGGAACUUCAGGCUGCCCGAAGAGAGCUGGGUGAGGCCACACAAGAAGUUUUCAAACCAUCCCGUGAGCUUGAAGAUUAUAGUGCUUCUACAGUGCCCUUUUUAGGCUCGCGGGGGCCCCUCAGUUUGCGUUCCAACGAAAAAUCUGCUACGAUUUCGGGAAAGCAAGGGUGGCUGUUUCUGAAAAUAUUAUAUGGAAAACCCGUCAGGUAUACCUGGGUACGGAGAUGGUACUACUGUCGCGAUGGUGUGCUUGGCUGGCUUGUCCCCGGACCUCAAGGGGUGCUUCAGGGUGAUGAGAUCGGGGUGUUGCUUUGCAGCGCCAAGCCGGCCGUUGGUGAGGACCGCCGGUUUUGCUUUGAGGUUAAGACGAAGAACCAGACCAUGGUACUGCAGGCAGAGAACCAGAGGGAGCUCAUUGAGUGGUUGGAGGUAUUCGAGGUGACGAAAAAGAAGGCCUUUGAAGCGAGCAUAGGCAACAGCAGCAGAGUUGCCACCGCCGGUCCUGACCCAGCCUUCUCAAUACAGCGACCAAGCGCACCGGAAUUUGCAGCUGUAAAUACUGAUAGCCCUGGGGUCGCAGCCGCAGUCAGCGGAGACGACGUCGGGGUGGCAGGCUUCGACCGAAGUGUCACGCUCUCUGUGCCCGCACAAGACAUUGUGAGGCACAGCGCGGAUGUCAACAAUAUGGUUGCAGGUCGACGCUCCUUCAGUACCCUUGGAAGGGAUUUGGCCAGAGAAGAAGACGAGAGCAGGAGAGAGCACGCGGCAAGAAUUGUCCAGAAGCUAGACCUUCACAGAAAACCGACAUUUGGAGCUGGUGUCGUUGAAGCCGGCCCGAUAAGCCCUGGUUUGCCGAGCAGUGGCAUAGCCAGCCUCAUAUCAGCCAGCCAUCAUCUGCUUCCCGCUCACCCAGCAGCCCAAGUGCCUGUCAACAAAACUGGUAAACAAUCAACGGGUUUGCUGUCACCGUUGGACUCUUCGGCUGGCUCUUUAGCUCCUUUGACGCUGGCACGGCCUCCAGUGACGACCAACUUGAGCCGCGCGGCCGUCUUUCUAAUGGGGGAGAAACGUCAGGUGGCCAACAGCAGAACACUCCCGACCUCGAUUGUCGCGAAUUACUGGGGUAGCAAUAUCUGGGCCACAAUCAACACCCCUGAACAGCCGAUACUGCCAAAGAGGGACGGUGACGACGCGAUGGGGGUUGCUCAACAGCCGAAUUCACUUAAAAAUCUCCCUGGCGCAGAGGGUGAAGGUCGGAUUGGUCAGCCAUUUCCCCUCAAUUAUCCAGCAGAAUUGAAGGCCCAAACCGCUCAGUUUCGUCUCCUCUUCCCAACCGCUCCACCUGGAGAGGAGCUUGUUCUCGUCUUCCGCGCUGCAUGGUCGAGUUCCGAAGCCCGAGACUCUCGGAGCGAAGUCCUAGCCGGAGAUGGGAGAAUAUACGUUACUUCAGACAACAUGUACUUCUAUGGCCAUCAAAUGGGACUGGUAACUGCUUAUGGGAUAAGCUUGGAUAUCAUUACUGAAGUGACCACUGCGGCAGGCAAGGACUGUGAUUUUAUCUUCCUUCACCUUGGUCAAGACACGAAUGAGACGGGCUAUACCCGCAUCACGGUCAAGAUAUUCCUGGACAACGUACACCUUCUUCACACGCGUCUCAACCUUUUAAUGGACAACCUGCAGGCCGAAGAACCUAUGGACACGCAGGACAUCAUUUCGGCGCUGAUGAAUGUGGAUAGGGAUGAAUACGAGCGACCCAGCGCUGGCGCUGAGAGCUGGGAGGAGGUGUCGGCGCACACGCCGAUGGACGAUGGCACCGUGUCAGGAAGACCAGUGACACGCAAUCAGCAUGGGGUCGGCCUGCAUCACCAGCCAGCCAGGACGCCUCGGCGGCUACCGGGAAAGCUGCAUCUUCCCUCUCAUCCCGUCAUGUACGAGCCCGAGGGCAUGACGCAAAAGGCAGCCGAGCGGCAUUUCGAGAUUAGUGCCAAGGCUUGUUUCCAUGUUCUGUUUGGCGAUAAGAGCUUCGUUUUCGCCAAGCUCUACUUUGAGCAUCGGGCGCAGCAGAUUGUUCAAGGACCCUGGGUGCUGGUCGACCAGGGUCGAAUGCGUCGUGACUUUGAUUUCAAGGUGGAUUAUAUGGACAUGCUGGGUCGCAAGAAGUCUGCUGACGUCAGCGACUGUCAGACCAUUGAUGUGUUCAGCGAUCAUGUCACAUACGUAGUGACGCAUAUACGAACCGCGUGGCAUCUGCCUCACUCGCAGAGCUUCAGGCUGGUAACCAAGAUUGUCAUCACGCAUGUGGCCAAAUCCAAGUGCAAGCUGGCGGCCUAUGUCAAGAUUGAUUGGUCUAAGACGCCAACGCUAUCGAAGAAUCUGGUUGAGCGGCAAGCUCUACACGAUGCCGUGGCAGGCGCAGAAGAGAUGGCAGAACUGGCAACGGAUCAGGUUCGCAAACUAGGUACUCGCAGCCGUACAAACGCAGCCAUUUACGUGUACGGCCAUGUUGGGGAGCAGACACAAGCCGUCGUCUUUUCGCCAGCAUCUGCGGAAUCGAGCAAGAAGCAAGCAAUUAAGCCGCGCACACUGACAGCCUUGUUUUUCGAAACGGCAAGAUCGUUUGGCGAAAGCGCCGUCUCGUCUCUCAUAAUGUGGGCGUUUGCUGGACUUGGGAAGAUCUUUGGAAUCUUUACUGCAAACCGGGUCAUCGUCUUGGCGUUGGGCGCCAGUGCGCUGCUGAACGCGCUGCUGACGUCGUCGGAGUCGUCGACGUGGUGGAAAGAGCGCAGUGCGGCCGGAUUCAUGCGGCGGAUUGGCGUGACGCCGAACCCAACCAUGAGCAAAGCCAUCUACUUUGCAGACCUGGACGAGGCUACUGGCGGCGACGGGCACGCGUUGGAUUUCCCGAAAAACAGCACAUGCCUCAGGACGUACAAGAGCCUCUUGAGCACGACGGAGAUUGACAUGCCAUGGGAGGAAGCUGGGGUAACGCUCUCGUCUCCCUGGGGUCGGGCCACUGCACGUAGACUUCGACGUACGCGUCAACGACUGGGAUCAUACCGGCAUGACUUGAUGGUGGCCAUGCGCGUGGUCAACAGCGUCGAGAGGGAAAUGGUCCAGAUGGAAUGGGAGAAUUGGUUGGUCAACGAAAAGUCGUUUUGCGACGAGCUUGAGCAGGUGCUGCGCGGCGGCGGCGGCGGCGGCGGCGGCGGCGACGACGACGAUGACAUACCCGUCAAGGAUGGAUGGCUCGGCGCAAAGACCGUCGGCUCGUUACCCGAGGACAAGAAAAAGAUGUUGGAGCAGUGGCGUGGUGACCACUGCGGAAGCUGUAGGCGAGACUACAAUGCGGUCAUGGGGGGAGGAUUGGUUCGGGGGAGAUGA